AAAAAAAAGGGAAAAAAAUAAAAGAUAAAUGAAAACAAAAUUAACAGAAUCAAUAUCAAAUAAUUCAGAAAUCGUAAAAUGCUAUCGUAAAACUAAAAUGAGAUAUGUCGCAUUAGCUAUGGCCUGUUUAGUAAUGAUAGGCUCAUAUAUGUGUUACGAUUUCCCCAGUUAUUUAAAAAGCUAAGUAAACAAAUCAUUAAACCUAACCGAAUUCCAAUACAGUCUUUUAUAUGCAGUUUAUUCAUUUCCUAAUAUAGCUUUACCAUUAUUCGGUGGAAUAUUUAUAGACAUAGUAGGAGUCCGUAAAGGAAUUUUUAUUUUUACUUUCAUUUUAAUUAUUGGAUAAUUAUUAUGUUCAAUAGGAGUAUUACAUUCAGUGAAUAAUUUUUCAGUAAUUUUAGUAGGAAGAGUGAUUUUCGGUUUAGGAGGGGAGAGUUUAUCUGUAACAUAGAGUGCAAUUGUAUCAUAAUGGUUUAAAGGUAAAGAAAUUUCUUUGGCUUUGGGUUUAAAUAUAUCUAUAGCAAGAUUAGGUAGUGUAAUUGGUUCAUUUUUAUUCCCUGCUUUAUAUAAUAUAAAUAAGGAUUUAUUUUCUCCUUUACUUGUUGGUGCUAUUUUUUGUGUUUUUUCUUGGUUAUGUGGUUGUGUAUUGAAUUUUUUAGAUAAAAAAGCCGAUUAAUAAGAAGGUAAAUAAUAAGUUAAAAUUAGUGACUAAGACAGAAUUAAAUUAUCAGAUUUUAAAGAAUUAAAUAUUCAAUUUUGGCUUUUAUGUAUUUCUUGUGUUUUUACUUAUAUGUGCUUUUUCCCUUUUAUGUAGUUUGUUCAAGGAUAAAUUUCAGAUUAGUUUGGACUAUCUUCAGACAAAGCUUCUAAUUUAAUGAGUCUACCUUAUCUCAUAGCUGCCGGAUGCACUCCAUUCGCUGGUUUGUUAGUAGAUAAAGUUGGUAAAAGAGGUCUUUUAUUAAUUAUUACUUCAGUUUUGAUGAUAACCUCUCAUUUAACAAUGCUUAUAAUGCCUUAAUGUGGCAAUGGCGAUCCUAAUUGUUAAUAAUAUACAUUCUUAUUCCCUUUAGUUUUAUUCGGAAUUUUCUAUUCUUUCUACGCAGCUGUUUUAUGGCCUUGUAUACCUCUUGUAGUCCCCGAAAAGAUAGUUGGGACAGCUUUUGGAAUUACUAAUAGUUUACAAAACGGAGGAUUGGCUUUAGGACCUAUUAUUGUAGGUUUAAUUAUUGACCAUACUAAGCAUAAAAUGAACGAGUAUUUCUGGAUGGAAAUUUUCUUUAUAAUUUUUGGAGGAUUGUGUUUAAUUAUUAAUAUUACUAUUUAUUGGAUAGAUAUUAAAGGAAAUAAAGUAUUAGAUUUAGCAUUUAAAGAAACUACAGAAGAUGAUGAGCAAAUAGAAGAAUACAAAAAAAACUCAUAAGCAGUUAAUCCAAGAAGAUCUUUGGCAGCUAAAAGAUCAUUUCGUGGUUGA